UUUUUAAUCAAAACAUAACCAGACCCAGGUGAAGUUCGAUAAGAAAACCCAUUUAUUACAUUCGAGCACCUAACAAACCCCAUUUGUAGCUGGAGUGCACCAGGCCACAAACUUUCAGACCGAUGUAAAGAAGACACCAGAAUCAAAGAUGCUGUUGAAGAGUCUUCCACUGCUUAUGAUGGUAUUACUAGUUCAUGGAGCCGUCUAUGACAGAGUUAAUGAUUGUCCAGCUAAAGGCUCGAGCCAUCCUUGCACAUGCACUCCACAGGCAAUAGAAUGCUUCAAUCGAGGUAUCAAAAAUAUACCUCCACCUCUCUAUAAGACGAAUUGGGUCUUUGAAAAAGUUGAUUUGAGUAAAAACGCCAUAACUAGCAUCCCAGCACGAACCUUUCAGUACAUCAACGUCACUAAGAUAAUUCUCGCGAACAAUAAAAUUGCAACAAUCGAAGCAGAUGCCUUCCAGCCACUGCAAGAUCAGAUCAAGGUUCUAGAUCUUAGGGAUAAUUUGAUAACGUUUCUGCCUGAAGUUCUUGGAAAACUUCAUUCUCUUCAAUUGUUAGACAUCAGUUAUAAUCCAAUUGCACACGGCAACUUUACUAAUGAAGUAAUGCGUGAACUUGGAGACUACAUUACUGAAUUUCGUUUCGGCGACAGCAAUCUAAAAGAAUGGCCGCCAACAAUCCAUCACUUACAGAUGCUUCGUGUAUUAAAGUUUUAUGGCGGGAGUGACGAAAUGGACAGAAUUCCUAUAACUGCCUUCAGUGGAUUUGAAUGGACUCUGAAAAAACUAUGGAUGCAAAACACAAAACUGAUUGCGGUUCCAAUCGCCUUACAGGAUCUUAAGAGCGCGAAUGAACUACAUUUCGACAACAACAUUCAUGUCGGUGACGCCGGCAUCCUCAUUCCAGCUUUUGCUGGUUUAACAGACAAGCUUGAAACCAUGUCGCUCGAAAACAACAGCCUAACCACGUUCCCCUCCGUUCUUUUGACUCUCAACCAGCUUCAUAAUCUCAGUCUUGCCAGGAACAAUCUUCAGUUCAUCAGUGAUCAAGCCGUCAGCGUUGUUGGCAGUAACCUGACAACAGUCAAUCUCCAGGACUGUAACUUAGAUCGUAUCCCGGGUGCCUUAUCCAAGCUAGAAGGCAUCAUUAACCUCGACUUCUCGUAUAACAAAAUAACAACUAUCGAAAAAAACGACCUUCAGCAUAUGGAAAAUUUACGAAGUCUGAAUAUUUCGUAUAACCCAUUGCUGUAUGUUUCCAGAAGCACAUUCUAUGACUUAAAAAAGUUAAACGAACUGAUUCUGAAAGAAACCGAGCUCUAUUUGGUGCCCUACGCCAUCACUAAUAUUCCAACACUACAAACGCUAGAUCUGUCCAGUCGGGAUACAUACAUCGAAUGCAACUGCGACCUCAACUGGCUUUAUUGCUACAAGAGCAAAAAUAACACCGCUCUAAACAUAAAAGGAGAAUGCGAAACUAUAACCAUGGAAAUUGACAAAUACGCAACAACUAGAGUUCCGACAGUGUGUCCGAAAAUCUGUUAAAAAUCAAAUAGGACACAAGUAAAUAAUAGAUAUACACAGACAUUGUUAACUUUAUACGAAAACAAAUUAUUGUAAUUAUGUGUGUACUAUCACUGCAAUGACCUGCUAUAAUAAAUACUGCAUUGAAACAGG